GCUGACGAGUACUUCUCACCUGCCUCCACGGAGUUCGGACCCUGGUAGUGCUUACACCCCCAUUUAUUGUUAUCCGCGACUCGAGGCAUUUCUGAGAUUGAAAAACAAGACUCCCACAACAUAUUUUCAUCAAUUCGACUCAACAUGACUUCUGAGGAAUCUGGAGAGUACUUUUCUGUUUCCACCAUCGCGGUGAAUCCCGACAGAAUUGGCGAGGCCCAUGCCUGUCUGACCGAAGUUGCCGAAGCCACCUUGAAGGAACCAGGUGCCAAGAUCUAUAGGUUCUACAAGACCGAGGGCAAGGACGAAUUCGUCUGCAUGGAGAAGUUUACUGAUCGAGACGCGUAUGCGGCGCAUGUUGGUUCAGAGCAUGUGAGGGAAUGGGCAAAGAAGUACUUGGAUUCGGGCAUCUUUGUUGGGUCUUUUGAGUUUCAUCCUCUUGCGAAGGGAGGUCCUGGAGUUGGUGGUUUUGACCGGCCUUAGUCAUUGCACAGCAGACUUUGGUGGUAGCAAUUUGCAAUGAAAACUGUUGUUCGUCUAGCAAGAUGACUAGCAUUGCUUGGAGUACAGAUAUCUGACUUGCGCGAGUUGGGGACAGGGGUACCGUGCAGCAGACCCAGAUCUCGAUGGGACGCUUCCUCAGCCUUCUGUUCCUAGCCGUUCUACGAUGCAACUGCGUCUUCCAUAGAAAUCUAGCAACAGUUUUGUCACCAAUCGCUGGACAGAGCGAUACUCAUCGACAUCAUGGUCACGUGUUGGAUGAAACCUGUCCUUGCUUGCAGACGGGG